UUUUCGAAUCACGGGAUCCGCCAUAUUUCUCAUCUUCGUCUUCCGGAUUUUGCUUUUGUAUUUUCAUUAAUUGGCGAGCUUCCCGAUCAUGGCAGCAACGGGACCUUACAACUACUCCUAUAUAUUCAAAUACAUAAUUAUCGGAGAUAUGGGUGUAGGCAAAUCCUGUCUACUUCACCAAUUUACAGAAAAGAAAUUUAUGGCAGAUUGUCCACACACCAUUGGUGUAGAGUUUGGAACAAGAAUAAUUGAAGUAUCAGGCCAGAAGAUCAAACUUCAAAUUUGGGAUACAGCUGGACAAGAGAGAUUUAGAGCUGUAACGAGAAGUUAUUACCGUGGUGCAGCUGGUGCCCUUAUGGUGUAUGAUAUUACAAGGAGAAGUACUUACAAUCAUUUAAGUAGUUGGCUCACAGAUGCAAGAAAUUUAACAAACCCAAACACAGUGAUAUUUCUAAUUGGGAACAAGUCAGACCUAGAUGCACAGAGAGAUGUGACGUAUGAAGAAGCCAAACAAUUUGCUGAGGAGAAUGGACUUCUGUAUUGCGAAGCAAGUGCAAAAACAGGUGAAAAUGUAGAGGAUGCAUUCCUUGAUACAGCAAAGAAAAUUUACCAAAAUAUUCAGGAUGGAAGUUUGGAUCUUAAUGCAGCAGAGUCAGGAGUGCAGCACAAACCACUGGCAGGCAGGCCAGCCAACUCACUGCACACAGACCAGCAGGCAAAUCAGGACAAAUGUGCCUGCUAACCUCCGAAUUAUUUUAAUCAGAGAACAAAGUGAAAGAAAUUUGCUCCAUUGGAUACAGACGCAAACAUGACUUAAUGUCGAUAAAUGGUUCAAAACAUUGGCUUAGUAUAAUGUGUACAUAUAUCUUAUUAGAUGUUUUGGUGUAUAGUAUCACUGAGUAUUAAUUUUUUACAAGUUGUGUGGUAUUUUGAUGCCCCCAUAGGGCAGGUCAAAAUACAAACAUAGAGUAAAAAUACAAAGCAAUACUACACACUAAAAUGUCUAAUGAGCUAUUAUCCAACUGCUUUGUUUUCUGCCAAGUGUUUCUGCUUGUUUUUCUUAAUGUGGGAAAAGCAAAGUGGAUAGAGAAGCUCAGUACGCGUAUCCCACCAGUCUAACACUCCUCACUUGUACUCUACUUUUUGCAGUUGGGUAAUAAAUGUAGAUAUCAGAUGUAGUAUAAAUGCUUAAUAUGUAGUAGCAAAGGGGAAAUGAUGAGGAAUGGUUGUGUUUAGUAGCACACUCAUCUUAUCAUUUCCAUUAGCAAUGAAGAUGCUGUAAUUCUUUUGAUGAAAAGGCCUUCAUGUUUUGUGUAAGGAAAUCUACAGUAGUUCAGCACCAGCUACAGCAUAAAGGUGAAAUUACCGCAGGAUGGAAAAGUGAUUUUGUACUUGAAUUUCUGUUUCAGGAAACUGUUUGUCAUACAUGUUCAGUUAUUUAACUCUUUCACGUUGACUCGGGAUACCAUAACAAUGUCAACACUAUGUUAAUGAAACAAGUGUUAGAAAUGUAAUAUUGAUCAACAAGGGGUUAAUAAUAUUUCAUAUGAACUCAAGUAUUCUAAGAAAUAAUAUCAUUAGUAAUGUAUGGCAGACAGUAAAGAGAAUUAACACUGAGAUCAUGAAAGUGAAAGAGUUAAAUAAGCAAAACCUACAUAAUUAUUUUUCCUGGUGUUGAAAAGUGGGUAUCACAAUACAAAAAGGGUUUUUAGAAAUGUUCAGUGUAGGCAAUCAAAUCAAACUCAGCUAGCUAUUCUAUUUUUCUUUUUCAAAUUAAUAUUUCUUUGUAUAUGUUUCCUUUCCUCUUGUUUCUCCAAAAGUUUUACUUUGCUCUGGGUACACAGCCAAAUCUGAAUAUUUCAACUAAAUCUCUAAGCCUAGUAUAAAAAAAAUAUUCCUCACAUGCACAACAUCCAUUGAGGAAAUAGUAUAUUGGCAGUACCAGUGUUGUGUUGCCUUUAUACUCUUCUCUACAUAAUGGACUGCAUUGUUCCUCAAGAGAAUAGAAUGUUUUGAAGCUCCAAAUCCCAAUAACAAAGUAUAAAGACAGCCAGCUACAGGUGAAAGUUGUCACAGGUACAUGUCAUCUUGUGCUCACCUGUUGAUUUUGACUAUCAGAGGAAAAUUAAGUUGUGAUACAUUCUUGGGUAUUAAAUGUUAAUCCAUAAGUGUAAUACCUUUUGUACUGUUAAAUGACUAUGUUAAAUACUUACAGUAAUUUUUUAAGUGUAUUUCUACAUGUCCCUUGAUGUACUUGUCACUCCUUGAGUGCAUUGCUCAAUCAACUGAAGAUACAGAAGAGGAACUCUCCUCUUUCAUUUGGUAAAAUAAAGCGGUACAAUGUACGAUAUGUGAA